CGCCACCAAUUGAUCAUUCAUAAUCCAUCAAUCAAGAAAGAAACAGAAACUUUUUUCUUUGAUAAAUUUGUUCUUUGUUCCGACAAUGCGUCCACCGCGGAAGAGGGUGGAUUUCUCGCGCGGCGACAAGGUGGAGAUCUGCAGCAACGAGGAGGGCUUCCUCGGCUCCUACUACCCGGCCACGGUCGUGUCGCGCCUCGACAACGGCCUCUACGUCGUACGCUACGACACGCUCCUCGAGGACGACGCCUCGUUCCAGCCCCUCACCGAAACCCUAUUUCCGAAAGAGCUCCGUCCCCAUCCGCCACGUGUCCCCAGGACCCACUUCGCGCUCCACCAGUGCGUCGACGCCUUCGACAACGACGGCUGGUGGCUCGGCCAGAUCACCGGCAAGAAGGACGGCGAGCAUUACUAUGUUUACUUUUCCACCACCAAUGAGGAGAUUGCGUAUCAUGUUUCUGGAAUUAGGGUUCACCACGAGUGGAGCCAUGGCGAGUGGGUUUUGUCCAAUUGAAGUUGAAUUCGAAGGUUGAUUCACUUUCUUGGGAUCGUAUAUGUGUUUGAUUUCUUUUUCUUGGUUUUAGUAGUCUCUAUUAUACUGUUGUUGUUGUAGGAUGGUAGAAGUAAUUGUACACUGUGCUUGUUCUUGUUGUUCAUAUGUGUGUAAUUGGAAUUGUACUUCCAAUUGGUGAUACAACUUUUCCAUAUCGAUCCUUCCGCACUGUUCUUGUUGCUGAAGUAAUUGGAAGUAAUGUUGGAUUCACUUUCUUGGGAUCGUAUAUGUGUUUGAUUUGUUUUUGUUAUUUUUCUUAGUUGUAGACUUUAGUGGUCUCUAUUAUACUGUUGUUAUUGUAGGAUGGUGGAAGUAAUCAUACACUGUGCUUGUUGUUGUUGUUGUUGUUGUUGUUCAUAUGUGUUUAAUUGGAAUUGUACUUCCAAUCGAUGAUAGGAAAAGUGGAAAUUGAAACCCUUUCGAUUUCAGGAUCAAUUCAAUUGUUGUUGCCUCUUUUGUGUU